UAAUUAUAUAUUAUAAAGGAGAGACAGUAGCUAGCACUGAAUGAUCUUUUCGCGUGAUGGGGCUGGCGUUCAUUCAAUCAGCAUUGAUCCCGCCAGCUCCCUUUUAAACACAACACACCUUUUCUCAUCAAGUUCCCUUUUCAUUUUCCCCCUCCUCAACUCCACGCACUCCCAUCAUUCCUUCCUCUCUCUCUCUCUCCGGACGACUUCUCUCUUAUCCCUGCAAGGCUGCAAAUGGGUUGCACUCAAAAAUUCGUGUUUUGCCGCAGAAAUCCACAUCUAAUCAUUUCUUUGCUCUUUCUCUUGCUUUCUAGCCCCACCCAAUUCUUCUCUUUUGCUGAAGGUAGAGUGAUUCCCAAGCUGCAGGUCGAAACUCCACAUGUGGGUGAGAGAGAUGAUGUUAAUAUUUCUGUGUCAUAUUACUUGAAGAGAAGGGAGGAGGAGAAGGUAGUGGUGGUAGGGAGAGCAGUAAUAGGGUCGAGGCCGCCGAGCUGCGACAGAAUAAGGUGUAGCUCUUGUGGCCACUGCGAGGCGAUUCAGGUGCCGGUGGUUCCCCAAGUGCUCAAAACCACCACCCCCCAUUUUUCUGCACCUCAUCAUCAUCAUCGUCAAUGUCCCACCACUACUACUCCUACCACUACUGUAAUUGCCCAUUACUACUCCAGGCGCGACAUCUCCAACUACAAGCCCUUGAGUUGGAAGUGCAAAUGUGGGAACUUCAUCUUCAAUCCUUGAUUAAUUCAUCCAUUUUCAAUAUAUAUAUAUAUAUAUAGUUACCCAGAACAUACAUAUGCAAUUAUAUAUUAUAGUUUCUUGCAUGCACGAAUUAUGGCUGCUUCCCAAUAUAAGCUUCUUUUGCUUUUAA